CUGGGCCCAUCCGUCACACAAGGAAAGUUUCUGACCCUUAACGUUUAUUUGUGACCAAAUUAUUUCACGCACACUCAUCAUUGUCUGGAGAUUUUGGAAAUAAACGCCACACCUCCCUGCUUCGAGGAAGAACACAUCUGUAGCUUAUCGUCAAAACGAUGCCAAGCUUUUGACCUCCCUGCAGCUGGUCUGACUGAAAGUUUGGGACUGACAAGAUGCGUUCCAGUGUGGAUGUUCCACCAAGCGCCGUUGGAAGAGGAGUUGCUGGCAGCAACAACAACAACAACAAUAACAACAGCAGCAGCAGUGAAAACACUGGAAACUCAGGUUCCCAGUAUGCACUCUGUGCUCUGGGCGUUGGGCUUGUUGCCCUGGGCAUUGUGAUGAUUGUUUGGAGCGUGGUACCUGCAGACGCGGCUGGAAACAACAACAACAGCAGCAGCAGCGGUUCAGGAGAGGACAGUGGUACGAGCGGGAGGAAACAUAAAGCGUCCUCCGUGGCCUUCGUGUUGGUGGGCUCCGGGGUGGUCAUGCUGCUGCUGUCCCUGUGUCUGGGGAUGAGGAACAAACAGCAGGAGCAGCUCAUGCUGCAGGAGGCUCAGAGCCACAGAGUGGCCGCUCGGGAGCAGGUGGAGAGAGAAACUGCCGAGGAGCAGGCCGAGCGUUACGCUGUCCCCAGCUACGAGGAGGUGGUGGGCAGCGGCCAGUACCCUGUCAGUCAGAGCAACCUCCGCCCGAGCCCCUCCCAACUACCGUCCUACGAUGACCUCGUCCAAGUUGACGGGGUACAGUAUGAAUUUGAGGGGUCGGAGGUCACAACUCCCGGAUCGCAGCCGGCUCCGCCCGCUGCAGCUUCCACAUCAAAUCGCAAAGCUGGGAAAAAUAACCGCAAGCUCCUCCCGAUCAAGAUCCGCAGGAUUAAAUCUGAGAAGCUGCAAAUGAAGAACGUUGAUAACUCUCAGCCAGCAGCUGGGUUCAGUAUAGAACCGCUGACCCCUCCGCCGCAGUAUGAGGAUAAAGUGCCUCCCAUUUAAUAUCAAGCUGAUCGUGUUUAAAACAAUCUACUGACAUUCCUGGAAUCCUCCAUGAUUUCCUUUCAUGGAACUGGAUCUGCCUUUUUAAAAGACUUGAAGAGGGCUCUUCCUGCAGAACAUUCAGAGUGAAACAUUUUUAUAAAACACUGUUUUUGUUCUAACUCAUCACUGCGUGUCACAUCACUCCAAAGCACAGAACAGAGAACCCUUUAUACUUUUCUAACGUUGGAUCUCUGAAACACACAGACAGUAAAACACAAACUUGCUGGAACCUUCCUCAGUGUGACAGAUUCUUUCAAACUGUGGCACGUUGGACUAAAAGCACACACCAAAUGCAGUUUUCCUUUUAAGUCGUUUUCUGAUGAUGCAUCGUCUUUGGGUGAUCCAAAGUGCGCUGACUGUAGAGGUGAGUGGACGGGGAAAGAGAUCAUAGGACAUUGUGGAGCGGUUGGCUUUGGAUUACUACCAGCGGUUUACCAAAUGAACGCUUCAUGGUGACAUUGUAAUAUGUGCUCAGCUGGCUUGACAUGAUGUGGUAUGCCUCACUAAAGAAAUAUAUUCUCUCCUUGUCCUCUAGAGCUUUGCAGAAAAUGAGAGAAUUUUUGGCACUAGCUUCAGGUUUUCUUUGUCCCUCUCAUUUAAAAGCUGAAACAUGAAACUAGGGUUUACAUAUUCAAUGAUGGGGAAUCGACAGGACAGCGUUAUUUAAGAAACUACUAAGACAAAGCUUUGUUAGCAUCUAUCUGCUCCCAUGACUCUUAUCCACAGGCCCUCUACCAGAGCCUGAGGAAAUGUAGUUGUUGAACGCUAACAGAAUAUCCCUUGUCAUGAUUAGAAUAUAAAAGCACUUAAAUGUUACUGAAUAUCAGCACAUUUAAGAGAAAACCUAGGUUUUAUACUUCUCCCUAGAAAGACUAAACCCUGUGCUGUACAUGGGCUGGAGGCUAGUUUGAAAACGGUGUGGAACUUAAGCUGCUGUCUCUAAGGUUGUGGGUGUUUUCUUUACUAAGCAGUUCCAAAAUCAGGUGUCAUUUGUCUCAUCAUGUAUGCAUCAUGAAAUAGUAUUUUUACUUAAAGCUGUAGUAAGGACUUUGACCUUUUUGAAUGCACAAAGAUGCCUAAACAAACCCAACAUCAGCUCAUCUUUUUUCUAUUAUUUCAUUGCUAACAAGCUAGUACAAUUCUGCCUAACUAUAGAACAUAUUAUCAUGCUAUUGGAGACAUGUUUCCAACUAAGUGAGCAGUGAAAGUCUAGAUUUAAGUUGAUUUCUAACCGUCCUGAGAAACAUAGAUUGGACUUUAGCUUGCUAAACUCUCCUUACAAUCAACUAAUUUAGUUUGGUUCUCUUCCAUAUUUCUCAUGAGACUCAGCCAUAAGUCUAGCUAAACAAUGAGCUUCAGAGUUUGUGAGUGUCCAAACAAACAGACAUUAGGAAAUGUAAACUACGGUUAGUGAGAUACUAGGAGGGGACUGUGAUUAAUUUAUUGGCUGAAUUAUUAUAUUUACACUUGCAUAAAGCAGCUCAUAGCUUCCUUUUUCAAAGAGAAAUUACAUUCUGGGAUGUAGACGGUCUCAUUCCAUGAAGUCUUUUAAGGAGUGCCUCUGCUAACCCCCUGCAGGAGUUUGCCCUCCAGUUUCACACCCUGAAGUGAAGUGUGUUCAUAACAACUCUGCUGCUUCUCCAAAAACAUUUUGAAAAGGCAUUGUAUGACUGAACCUGAGCUCUAAUGCUGCUCCUCCAAUGCAGUGUUUAAAAAGAGAAGGAAGGAGGUGAGAGCAUAAUGGAAGGAGCCGUUGAAUAGUUGAAAGCCCUGUAGCCAUGGCGAACACUGUGGUGCUGUGAAGGCAGUAGUGUAGUCUCUGCUUCUCUCCCCGCUUUCUUUUUCGUACUCAAAAAAGAAAAGAAAAACUCUUUGACUGUGCAGCUGCAACAUAACAGCAGCAGCCAUUGCUCUCUCGCUUGCUCAUCCCCAUUCCUCCAACCACAGUGUGAAUGAAUUCACUCAGAAGUAUGCAGAGAAUGAGCAGAACAGAAAAGACAAACCGUCCAGGGAAGUGGCCUGAGAUCCAAAACCGUGCACUAUUUCAUUAUUACCUGUCAACCUACGAUUUGAGUUUAAAUGUUAUGAAGUUGUAUCACUAAACAUUGUUUCCUCUUUUGUUUUGUGAUAUAUAUAUAAGCCCCAUUUCAUUAGUGACUUUAUCACCUACAUCUACACUGUGUGUGUUUGAGUCAAACUCAGUGUAGUUAAUGCAGAAAAGCUCCUCAAUCAUUUCCAGCUGGUCGUAUUAUAUAUUGCCAAGUCAGUGAGAAAAGCCUUUCAAUGCCUACAUUCAUCAGGCCCAUAUUCUUUUGUCAUGUUCAGUACUGCCGACAUAUUCAUCGUACCUCGUUUUGUAAAAGACCAUUUCAUUACAUGAUUGAUUUUAUAUGACCGUGUAGUCAAAAUGUUUAACAUUGAUGAAAUCAUUUCGAAGUCACUUUCUGUUUUACAUAGACGAGUGUCCCCAACACAUGCUGUCAGUUCAUUUAUCAUUGCUUUUUUACUACUUCAAUCUUUCUUUUAUAUGUACUGUGAAAAUGUGCUUUUCUAUGCUCAUUCUAUAUUUGUUUGUGGAAAAUAAGAGUUUUUCUCUGAAGAGUUAAACAAAUGUAUCUCAUGAAUAUUGAAUGAGAAAUAAAAGGAAGUAUUUGUUAAUUAA